CUGACAGUUUUGGCUGUCCGGAGCCUAUCGGAGGAGCGGAUACACCAAUGUUCCUCCUAAAUGUAACCUACAGCAAUGUGGGUGUUCCUGGCGUUGUUUCCCCACCCCGGCCAGUUCGUAGUUAUAGGUUCAAGCUGUGGGGGAUGUGGAGGAGAAGCUGUCAGAGCUGAGCACGGUGUAAAUUGGGGAGAAGGCUGCUCAUAAGCCCUGCAGGUGCACCGGGGCGCGCAGUCUGCCGAGAAAAGGGCAGGAGUUACUUUUGCCCCCCAGACAGAAUGUUUCUGAGCUCAUCCCCUAAGACACCCAGGAAGAAGAUGAUCAGCUGCAGAUUUGUCACCAUGAAAUUCUUGGCAUUUGAGUCCAUCUGCAUUUUCCUGCUUUCCCAAGCUUUGCUGGCAUUGGGUAUACAACAAAUCCAUGUUGGCCAGGAGAUGAUUGGCAAGAUCUCAGCUGCUGGCCAGUUGAUGCAGUGCUCUGCCUCAUUAGAUGUCCUUUUCCUCCUGGAUGGCUCCUACAGCAUAGGUAAAGGAAGCUUUGAAAGGUCCAAGCACUUUGCAAGCAAGCUCUGUGAUGCCUUGGACAUCCAUCCAGACAGAGUCCGUGUGGGAAUGAUACAGUUUAGCUCAACUCCCCACCUUGAAUUCCCACUGGAUUCUUAUCUCACCAAACAAGAAGUGAAAGAGAGAAUCAAGAGGACUGUGUUCAGAGGUGGGAGCACAGAGACAGGUCAGGCUCUGAAGUACAUUCUCCACAAGGGUUUCCCUGGUGGCAGAAACUCAAGUGUCCCUGAAGUCCUGAUCAUCAUUUCAGAUGGAAAGUCCCAGGGCAGCACUGCAAUGCCUGCAAUGCAGGUGAAGGAGAGACACAUCACAGUUUUUGCUGUGGGAAUCAAGUUUCCAAGGUGGGAGGAGCUGCAGGUGCUGGCCAGCGAGCCCUCUGAGCGGCACCUGCUCUUUGCUGGAGAUGCUGAGGAUGCUGCCAACGGCCUGUACAGCACCUUGAGUGACCCUGUCUGCACUGCCACCGCUCCAGGCUGCAAAGUUGAGUCCCACCCGUGUGAGCGCAGGACCCUGGAGACUGUGAAAGAGCUGGCUGGCAACUAUGUGUGUUGGAAAGGCUCAAAGCAGCCCAAUGCAGUGCAGGCUUCACUGUGCCCUUUCACCAGGUGGAAGCGAGUCUUGAUAAAACACCCAUCCAGAUGCUUCCGAACUGUAUGUCCAGACCCUUGUGACUCCCAGCCAUGCCAGAAUGGUGGCACGUGUGUCCCAGAGGGACUGGACAGAUACCACUGCCUCUGCCUGCUGGGCUAUGGAGGAGACAUCCACUGUGCAGCAAAGCUGAGCCUCGAGUGCAGCGUGGAUCUCCUUUUCCUGAUGGACAGCUCAGCAGGGGUCACACUGGAAGGGUUCCUGCGCUUCAAGGCCUUCCUCAAGAGAUUCCUCCAAGCCAUGGUGGGCCAGGACUCGCCAAUGAGCGUGGGGGUGGCCCAGUAUGAUGACAGUGUCAAGGUACCCAUUGAACUGGGCCAGCACAAGGACGCUCUCAGUCUCAUGGAGAGUAUUGACGCCUUGGAUUUCAGUGGAGGGAGAACCCUGACAGGCAGAGCCCUGCAGUAUGUGGCACAGCACGGUUUUAGGAGUGCCCCAGUCUUUGCAGAUGUGCAGGAUGAUCUCCCACGUGUGGUUGUCCUGCUCACUGACUCCAAGUCCCAGGAUUCGGUGGCAGAAGCUGCUAAGUAUGCAAAGGACCAAAAUAUCUUCUUGAUUGGCAUAGGCAGCAGCUUCAUGAGAGCAGAGCUGACCAUGGUGACUGGCAAUCCACAGCAGACCAUUGUCUACUCAGACCCUCAGGACCUCUUCAACAGGAUGCCAGAGCUGCAGAGAAAAAUCUGCAGUGUGGGCAAUCCCGAAGGCUGCCAGGCCCAGUCUCUUGAUUUGGCCUUUGCUGUGGAUGCCUCGUCCGGAGUUGGCCUGGAGAACUUUCUGCGUCUGAGGCACUUUGUCAGGAGCAGCUGCUUGCACUUCAUCAUCAACAGGGACGUCACCCAGAUUGCCCUGGUGACCUAUGGCAGCAAAGCUCACACUGUGUUUGCCUUGGACACCCACACAAGCAGCUCUGCUCUCCUCCAGGCCAUCGACCAGGUGCCCUUCCUUGGGCACUCAGCCUCUGCUGGCAGUGCCUUGCAGCAUGUUCACAGUGACAUAAUGACCGUGCAGAAGGGAGCAAGACCUGGUGUCAACAAGGUGGUGGUGCUGCUCUCCAACGGAGGGGGCAUGCAGGAUGCAGCUGCCCCAGCUCAGCAGCUGAGGCACGAUGGCAUCUUGGUGUUUGUGGUUGUCAUUGGGGACGCAGAGAGGGACACGCUGCUGAGGGUUGCUGGGUCCCCCAACUACCUGGUCCACCUCUCCUCCUAUGAAGAUCUGCAGUAUUACCAAGGCCUUAUCAUCGAGAGGAUCUGUGAAGAAGCGAGAAGCCCUGUGAACCUGUGCAAGCCCAACCCCUGCAUGAACCAGGGCGUGUGCAUCCUCGGGCCGGGGAGCUACCGCUGCCAGUGCCACGGCUGGGAGGGACCCCACUGCGAGAGCAGAGUUCUCCGGGGUGACUCUCCAAGACCUCCAGCCUUUCCUCCACGUUCCCAUGGGCAGUGGAGUCCAAGGGGUUUGCAGCACUUCUCCAGAGCCCUCCAGCACAGCAAAAGGCACGUGGAUCAGAGGCAUUGACACAGGUGUGCUGAGUGCUCCAGCUCUCCAUCCAGGAACGCUUCCUGCCACUCACAGGCACUUGGCAAUGAUGGAAUUGCUCCAGCACAGGCACAGGCCAUUCCCAAUUCCUGCAUUGCACAAACUGGGCUUCCCAGCCCUCUCUUUCUUUUAUAAUUGAAGUAAAUAUUUGUGUUUAAGUAUUUCCUUCUGGCAUUUUGCAUUUCCUCAUCCCGGUCUUAAGGUCGUGAUUGUUUUGGGGGGUUUUUUAACAGAUUUUGAGAGAUCUGUGAGUUAGUCUAAAAAUAGGCAGAAGUCUGAGCAAUUCUGGGGCUCUUGCUGAAGGGGUAUAACACAGAUGAUGCACUUGCAGCCAGCUGCUGGAGUGAAUAGCUCAUUACAUGCAGGAAGACAGAGGAAGAGGAAGGAGAACUGAUUACAAGUCUUUAUUCUGUUUCUGUUUAGGUUGUUCAUGCUGCUUUCUUUGAAUUUAUUGAGCUGUGAUGGUUUCUGUCUCCAAAGACAGUUUGGGCAAAUGCCUGCAUCCUUUGGAGCAUCAGCCUCACCUCAUCACUAGAUCAAUUUGCCCCCAAACCUGUAAAAUUUACAGAACUGCUCCCCCAAAGUGCGUGGUUCCCAGUGUUGGGUUGUUGUCUGCUAACUUUCCCAUGGUGUCUGUCACCUCAGGAGAGCACAACCAGGUCUGCAGAGAGCCAAGGCAGAGACAUUAACUGUGGCUGCCAGUGCUCACGAGAAUAGAGUCUAUUGUUCCCAGCAGAAGAAAAAUCCCUUCACCCAGAUGUCCUGGCCCCGUGUUUGAAUAGUAACAUUAGAUGGACAAAGAGAGGCACAAAUUGCUCAGCAGGUUUGUUGUCAAAAGAAGAAUGGUCUGAGAGCACUCUCAGGGAUGAAAGCUGGCACUGAGACAGGGGGAGCACUGUCCUGCCUAGUGGGAGAGACCAGGCUGGGAGGAAGAGGAAAUUCUGCUUUCUUUUCACUGUCACUUUGGUAGAUUGUCUGUGUCCUAAGGCACAGCAGAACAGAGGCUUAGUUGAAGGGCUGACAUUUGGGAUACAAAGGGAAACGAAUCUAUUAAUGUUUCUUAGGCAUGGCUGUAGCUCAGCAUUGCCUCUGCUGUCAACCUGUCAGUCUUCUCUUCAUGUGGGGAGGAUGGGCUUGGCCAGGCUCACACCUGGUUCAUGGUGCCUUUGGAGCUGGCUGGAUUCCAGACAAACUGCUCUCAAAAGCAGAGUGCAUCCUAUUUGUGUGAUGCAAAAUCUCUUCUCACCCUGCUGCCCUGCUGGCUUUACAGCUCCCUGGGGGUUUCU